AUGGUGAAAAUUGCACUUCAAUUCAAAGCAACUCUGGACAAUGUCACAGAUUUUCAUAUUGCAUCUCCAGAUGAUUUUAUCUGGUAUUUAAAAUUAGAAUGUUCGAAAUGUCAUACACAAUCGGAUAAUUAUCAUGAUAUGACUUUAAAAGAAUCAUCAAAUUUAGUUGGAAGUCGUGGCGAAGCUAAUUUUAUUAUGAAAUGUAAAUUUUGUUCUUCAGAAGGAAAUAUAAAUAUUGAACCUGUAAAACCAGCAAUGAAUUAUACAAGUGAUGAUUCAGAUAAUCAUUCAUUUAAAACUCUAGUUAUAUUUGAUUGUCGUGGUAUUGAACCAACUGAUUGGCAACCUGGUGAUGGAUGGACAUGUCAGGGUGCAGAAUCAAGUACUAAAUUUAAUCAAAUUGAUCUAUCUGAGAACAAAGAAUGGAUGGAUUAUGAUGAAAAAACAAAACAAGCUGUAGCUGUCAAUGAAGUUGAAUUUAAAUUUAUUAAAGUUAAAUAA